GGUAUAUCCAAAGAGACAUAAAAUAAAAACAUUCAAAAAAAAUGAUAAACGUCGAUAUACUGGACAGGAAUAAAUUAAAGAUGUUACAUGGCAGCUGCAUGGAACCAACGAAAAACUCAUUGGGUAAAUUUUAAAACAACUAUUAAAGUGGUUGCUCUCAGUGCCUCAUAAUUUUCAAGUUGCAUUCUCACAACUUGUCUUAAACUCAUCUUCACUUUUAUUUUCGUUGAUCGUAUCCUCACUUGGGCACUUGUGGUUUGUAACGAUAACGAUGUUUAUGUAUUCGAUGUACGUAUACUUUUUAUUUUUUGUUUCACUUAUUUUUCUACAUACACGCACUGAGAGAUACAAUUAAUUUAAAAAAAAUAUAUUAUUUUUCUUAGUUUUUUUACUGACCAAAUGAUGACCAAAAAUUAAACUCAUUGCAACUUCUUUUCAUGUUGGUAAUAACAUUUACCAAUGACCAAGUGUCAUUUUAUUUUAUAUCCAAGCAUCUUAUGACGUUGACCGUUUAUAGCUGCACUAGAAACCCGUUCGAAAUAAAUCUUUAUUUCCACGUGGGCUUCAUUAUUUUCUUGUACAUAUAUUUUUUUAAUCUUCUUCUUGUUCUUUUAUUUGCCUUCGUCAACUGAAUCCUCUUGCUUUUUUUUUUCUCUUUUAAUUCUCUUUUCUCUUUUUCCUUUCGUUUUCCCUGAUGUGUUUUCUAUUUUUUCAACUGAUAAAGCGUUGUGUCGAAUUUCUUAUAUAAUGGGAAAAAUUUAACCGUGUAAAAGAAUCCCAAGUGAUUUUAUCUAUCAGAGGGAAAAAUCUCACUAGCUCGGUCUCAAUGUACAACCUUCGAUAGACAUCUAUCUACUAUUUUUGUCGAUUCGUUGAGACAUACUCAAAAUGUAAAUAAAUUUUGGAUCUGUAGAUUGGCGAGGAGAUAAUCGACUGACCGACAACCAACGUAAUAUUAAUGCAUUAAAUUGUAUAAUUUUCAACUGAUCGUAUACAUAUAUAUAUACUGCGGUUGAAUUAUAUUGAAAUUUGAUGUUUAGAGAAGUUAAAUUUUUUUUUUCAGAGAGCUCUCGAGUAUAAAAGCAAAUGUGGACUACGUGAUAAUCUUCAUUUCUUUGGGAUCUUUAAAAAGCCUUGGAUUAUAAUAAAUUAUUCUCUUCCUUUAAUUAUUUGAAUUUAUUAGAUAGUUUUUUUUUAUCAGACGAUGUUUGAAAUAUGGAUAUUUAUUGUCACAUUGUUGACUAUUAUUUUUAUUAUCUAUGUCAGCUUCUUUUGGAAAAUUAAUUGGAUUAAGGGGCUUGAUAAAAAUUUAAAUAAACAUAAAAGAAAAAUUGGUGAAUUACCACCAGUUUAUCCAAAUGGAUGGUUUGCACUUCUUGAAAGUUAUCAAUUGGCAAAAGAACAAGUCAAACAUAUAGCUGUUCUUGGUGAAAAUUUUGCUGUUUUCAGAACUAAAAAUGGAGAUGUAAAAAUAAUUGAUGCAUAUUGUCCGCAUCUUGGUGCAAAUAUGGCAGAAGGUGGAAGAAUUAUUGAUGAUUGUCUAGAGUGUCCUUUUCACAACUGGACAUUUCGUGGUGAUGGCGAGUGCCAGAGCAUUCCAUACGCGGAAAAAAUACCACCAUUAGCAAGAACCCGAGCUUGGAAAUCAUGUGAAAUAAAUAAUAUAAUAUUUGUUUGGUAUCAUGCAGAAUUAGCAAAUCCUGAUUGGAUGCCAAUGUCUCUUGAAAAAAUAUCAUCAGGCAAUUGGUGGUAUCAUGGCCGAAAUGAGUAUCUCAUUAACUGUCACAUUCAGGAAAUACCAGAAAAUGGAGCAGACAUAGCACAUUUGAAUGCAGUACAUGGUCCAGCAAUGAUUAUCAGCAAAAUUUUUCCUAGUUUUGCUCGUCAUUCAUGGUCCGGUGCAUCUUGGUCAUUAAAAAACCAUGAGUUUAAUGAAAACAAAACAUCGGCUGGAAUAAAUAUAAAUACCUAUGAUAAUAUAACAGAUAAACAUCGUGCAAUUGUAACAUUAAAUCAUUCAUUUUCAAUAUUUGAAAAAUAUUCAAUAUUAUGUUUAAAAAUAAGAGGUGAACAAAUUGGACCUGGUUAUGUUGAACUUUUUUUAGAAACAUCAAUUGGUACUGUAUGCAUUCUUCAGACUGUAACACCAAUUGAUAAACUUGUUCAACGUGUUGUUCAUAUGAUAUAUUCACCUCCACUUCUUGGUCCUUAUGCAAGAGUAAUAUUUAUUGGUGAAUGUUUAAUGUUUCAACGUGAUGUCAAUGUUUGGAAUAAAAAAAAAUUUCAAAAACGACCAACACUUGUACGUGAAGACAAAACAAUAAUAUCAUUUAGAAAAUGGUAUUCACAAUUUUAUUCUGAAAAUAGUCCAACUUAUAAUUCUGUAAAAUCUCUUGACUGGUAAUUAAUCUCAAAUUACCAACAGUAUUAUCCAUUUCUUUUUUUUUUUUUUUGACCACUUCUUAUUCAUCAUUAAUUAAUCCAUUUAAAAAUU